AAAAAAUCUUAUGUUGCGCAACCGUUUUCUCGUACAUCUCGACGUCAACGCAGUGGACUGGACCAGUCUGCAAGUAGGUGACAUCGCAAGGGUUCCUCACAAUGGACGUGUCCCAGACAAUAGAGACAGAAGAAGAUUUGCUGACUUGUCUCCGCAUCAGCUUCUACCACCCACAGCAGCACUGCAAAGGUCUUUACAGUCUGCUUCCACUGGGCGUCAGGAGUAAACAUUUGGGGGAUGAGUCUCUGCGCUUGGGACGGGAUCCACAGUCUUGCACCUUUGCUCUGGCUGACCCCCGGGUGUCUCGCAAACAACUGGCCCUGCGUGCUUACCGCACAGCCGACAGCCCAGAGAUGCUCUUCGCUCUCCAGAACCUGUCUCAGACGGUCAAAGUGUCUGUGAACGGCUCAGCCCUGGACUUCUUGGAGAGAGCGGAUCUCCCGAACAAGGCCCUGAUCCGGUUCGGAGAGUACGAGAUGUUGGUCGUCAAGGAGGCCGGUGAGGCCAAGCGGAGGUUCGAGGUGGAGCUGGACGUGCUGCCCGUGCCUCCUUCCAGGGAGACGGGCACACCCGAGCCUAGCGCCUUGCCCGUCGCCGACACGGCCUCACAGCUGGCAGUCCCCCAACCCGAAGUUAGGGUCCCCUCGGAGAGUGACGAGGCUCUGUUCCUCACUCGACAGCCCACCAUUUUUGUCAACUUCUGAUACACAAUAAUCAUGUUACUGGACUUCCACGUACGCUCCCGGAAGCAUCGUGACUUCUCUUACCAAACAGAAGACUCUAGAAUAUAGAAAGCUAUUGUAACCUUCGUGUUCGGACAACACCAAGUCAGUAGCAAUUGUGAUUAAUUUCUACACCAAAUGUGCUCGUCAAGUCCCAAUAUUGCAAAAAGAAUCACAGCGCAUCUUUAUCUAAACAAGAAAGAGGACACAGGGCAGUCAUACAAAAAUAAUUUUAUCAAAGUUUAAAAUGUCCAUCAACCAAUUGAUUAAAUAAAAUACUGUUUAAUAUUU